UUAUAUUAAAGUCACAUAUAAUUUCGUUUGUCGUUAUUUCGGUUUAAUUAAGAAUCGCUUGAUGUCGGUUUAAUGACCUGAAGGUGACGGUUUCGGUCAGAGCCUUUUAUAAGGUCGAUGAAGCACGCGCGUCAACGAUAAAGAAAUGUAAUGAACAAAUUUACAUUCCAACCGAAUAUGGUGUUUAUUUUAUACUUUUCAAUUGUAUUUUUGCUUUAUUAAAGUUUAGCCUGUUGUCUCGGUUGCGAACAGGUUCUUUGAGCCGACUGCUAAAUGAUUUAUAGCGCUAGACUCAGGUGUCGGGUCAGUGGUUUGCACAAUUGUGGCCCUAGGUCUUUCUCGUACACGUGUGUGUGUCAUUUAUGACUUUUGUGUAAAGCCGGUGGGGUUUACUAAGUAAUAUAUAGAAUAUAAUUAUUUUGUCUACCUCCUUUAUUGCCUUCUAUUUGGCAAGUGUACUGUGUUAUGCCAUGCCAUCAUUGGGAAUCUGUUGUCAGUUGACACUUAGAGGUGUGGACUGGAAAGGAAGAAUUAGGGUAUGAUUGUAUUUGUAUUUAUAUUAUACACCGAUCAGGCAUUUUGUUAUGACCACCUGCCUGAUAUUGUGUUGGUCUCUAUUUUGCUGCCAAAAUAGCCCAUCAUGCUCUGUGUAUUCUGAAACCUUUCUAUCAGAACCAGCAUUUACUUCUUCAGCAAUUUCAGCAACAAUAGCUCGUCUGUUGUAUCGGAUCACACGGGCCAACCUUCACUCCCUACAUGCAUCAAUGAGCCUUGGCUGCCCAUGACCACUCUUUUGAUAGAUACUGACCACUGUAGACCGGGAAUACCCCACAAGAGCUGUAGUUUUGGAGAUGCUCUGAUCCAGUCAUCUAGCCAUCACAAUUUGGCCCUUAUCAAACCUCAAAUCCUUACGCUUGCCCAUUUUUCCUGCUUCCUAACACAUCAACUUUGAGGACAAAAUGUUCACUUGCUGCCUGAUGUAUCCCACCCACUAACAGGUGCCAGGAUGAGGAGAUAAUCAGUGUUAUUCACUUCACCUGCCAGUGCUCAUAAUGUUAUGCCUGGGCGGGGUAAUAUGUUUAUUUAAUAUGUUGUACAGACCAGAUUGGUUCAGGCAGUGAUGUGUACAUCGAGAUUUGUGGAAAGCAUUGAAGGUGAUGGUGAUCUCCAGUGGUAGAAUGAUGAGACUUGUAGCCUCACUGCCCCCUUUUUUUUCUCUCUCUUGUGCUUGCUCAUAAGAAAUACAUCAUUUCUGUCUGAAAUAUAAUUACAGAAGCGGUAUGGGCAGCUAUGGAGCUGUUUAUUUAUUUAUGUAAGGUAGUGGUGGAGUGAGUGAUUCAUACUCUUCCUGUCAGAUUGAGAAAAGCUUUUCAAACUGGCCACUCUCAUUUACUUUGAUUUACAAGUUUCUCUAUAGGUGGUGGACAGCGGCAUUGUUGAGUUAUUAGGGUGCACCUCCUCCCUUUAAAAUUGGAAAGCUACUUGAUAUUGACUGAUGCUCAGAGAGUAGACAAUAUCUAUGGUCCCUGCACAAAAAUGGGCAACAGCUUGGUUGGGGAUCUACUCUGCCACUUUUCUGUGUAUAUUUUUAUCAUCAGUAAUAUGAGACUGAAUAAUUGCACAAAAUCUCUGGAGUGUUCCAAGCUCAUUUAGGAUUUCACCACUGCUAAAGCAAGACAUGUUCUUGUUUUUUUUAAUCCAGUUCACAGUUAAUUAAUUUGCGUGUGAUGUUGGUAAAGGCUUCUGGUUUUAGCUGUAUGGUUUUGUGUAAAAUGGUUGGCAGCUUUACAGUAUUAUUGUAGGAAGCUGUAGAAAUAGCUUUUAAACUUGCAUUGACAAUAUCCCUUAAUAUAUGAUUCAUGUCUUAGUAUCAAGUGAAUCAUCACAUUUUUGUUUGCUGUAUUUUCCAUGGCACCUACUGGUACACACUGACAGCACACUUGAAUGAAGAGAAAUACAUAUAUCAUUGUGUACACUCGAAGAUGUUUAUAUAGACUACAAGUAAGAAUGGAUGGUAGUGGUAUAGCUUUGGUAUGGACUUAGCUGGUGAUGAAGGACAAAUAUACCACAUUAGCCAGGCUCUGGUUAACAAAUAGAUUAAAUGGGCCUUAUAUACUGUGUCCUUAAAACCACACACUGCUCACUGGCUAAAAGGCCUACAUGUAAUAUACUUUAGAUUUAUUUUUGUAUUCACAGUUGUGUAGAAAUUCAUAGCACUAACCAGUGGUUUAGAUUUAUAGUGUGUUCAUGCUUUGCUGUGUUCAGAUCAAUGUGCAAUUAGGUUCCCACUUUUACGGUACCAAUAUUCAUGUACACACUUAUUGAUUUAGCAUAUUUGAGUUGUUGGGUUCUAGGGUUAAACAGUGGUCAUGCUUGAAAGCCAUGGCUUUAUAAAACUGUGGUUAGUAAUGAGCAGACACUGAACCAAAUCCCAGUAGCUUAGAUUUUCCCAAGAGCUUUUAUAGUCUCUAUGGGCAGUUCUUGGUUUCAUAACUCAUUAGCUGUUUAUUACACAGAAAUAAAAGACCUGCCCUUUCCAAACAUUUCUUGUAUAAUAAAGUCAGUGAGCUGUCUUGUUCUAAAAAAAUAUUAGAUUAUGUUCAAAACACUUCUUACGCUUGAUAUUAUAUCUCAGGUUUGCUUCAUAAAGCUUUGGUUUUUACCAAUUUUUUUAUUUCCAGCAUGUCUAACAACAAAAUUUCUGAUGAAAAUACUUCAUAUUUGUGGGGGAAAACCAAUGAACUACCAAUGAAGACACACAUGUAAUCACUUUCUGUGAUAGCUGUGAAUGCACUUUGUUAUGAUGUCUUGGCCCAAAUCUAUGGUAAUUUUGCGGGAUUUGCAUGUUUUUUGCUUAAUAUCUACAACUGCAUAAACACAGAAUCCUAGAGGGACUGUUCAGUUGGCCAUCUGCAGGAGAGAUGCACAUAAUACACAAAAAGAACAAAGUAGAUAAAAUGGCUUUGACUUAUUUGUUGCGUAUGUGAAUUAUUCCACCAACACCAAAAGUUCAAUUUAAUAAAGUAAACUAAACAAUUAAUUUUUUAUGACAUGGUCACUCAUUUGGGCACGGAAGUGGCCAUGUUAUUCAGAAUUAUGCACAGCAUUCUAAAAAAGUAGUAAGAUUGACCCUGAGCAGAAAAGAACAAGACUGGCUUGAACAACAUUUUCUAUUACACUAUUAUAUAAAAAUGUAACAGUGAUAUUUUAAGCCUAGAUGUCCAGGGACGUUGUAUAAUUUUGUUCACGUUGUACAGACAUGGUUAAAACCAUGCUUAAAUGUUUUUUAAGUAGUUAUUUUUAAGAUUUUGUGUUGUCUUUCCAAGAGAGAAUAAAAACAGUGAGCCACUUCCUGUAAUGACUUAAGGAGAUUCUGUUUGUCCACCCUUGGUCCCUUUCUACAUGCAGAACAUUUUAAACUCCUUUAUAUUCUUAGCUUUGUGUGAAUGUGUAUUUCUCUUUUAACUUGUGUUAGUUCAGACCACAAGUUUUAAAUAGGCACUUUAAAAUCUGGAGGCAGUCAUUUAUUUUUUGUUUCUUUAGGAAUUUCUGUGCUGAUCUGGUUCGACUCAUAUUGUUUAAAGCUUAAUCUAUGGUUAAGUCUGAACCUCCUGCCAGAGGCAAUUAGGUUUUGGUUUGAAAUCUCCUUGUACUUAGCAGAAUUUAUGAUACCAUUAGUCUUCAUAAGAAUCCCUGAAACACCCGCCACUAAACAGCCCCAAGGCAUCAAUCAGUUUUACUUGUUUGCAGUUCCUUAUUAUCACCAAACAUUCUGAAGUUGUGCAAAAAAAUUGUGAUUUUGGUCUCAUCUGAUCACAGCAUUCAUUUCUAGUCUAUUAUAGAAUUAACAUUAGCUAACAGCUACAUUAUAUUGCCAAAGGUUUUGGGACACCCCGCAAAUCAUUAAAUUCAGGUGUUGUUGGGCUUAACCCCAUAGAUCCAUUGAAAGGAUCUACAGCAUACAAGACAUUUUGGACCAUUUCAUGCUCCCAACUUUGUGGGAACAGUUUGGGGAUGACCCCUUCCUGUUCCAACAUGACUGCACACCAGUGCACAAAGUAAGGUCCAUAAAGACAUGGAUGAGCGAGUUUGGUGUGGAGGAACUUGACUAGUCUGCACAGAGUCCUGACCUCAACCUGAUAGAACACCUUUGGGAUGAAUUAGAGCGGAGACUGUGAUCCAGACCUUCUCGUCCAACAUCAGUGCCUGACCUCACAAAUGCACUUCUAGAGGAAUGGUCAAAAAUUCCCAUAAACACACUCCUAAACCUUGUGGAAAGCCUUCCCAGAAGAGUUGAAGCUGUUAUAGCUGCAAAAGGUGGGCCAACUCCAUAUUACAUUCAUGUACAUGUAAAGGCACAUGUCCCAAAACUUUUGGCAAUAUAGUGUAGCUAGUAAUGCAGCUGAAAGUUGCUAACAAAGCUACAGUUUACAGGGUUUUAUAUAUGGUGUAUUUUUGUUGUUUAUUUUGUGCAGUUGUUUGUUGACACCCAUAUGUGUGUCUUCCCCAAAGAUUGUUGCCACUAAGUUGUACACAGUUGUAUAGGAUGUUUACAUAUGCUGUAGAAUUUCCCUUCACCGGAACUAAGAGGCUCAAACCUAAUGCCCUGUGCACAAAAUGAGGUCCAUGAAGACAUGGUUUGUCAUGGUUGGUGUGUAAAAUCUCAAGUGGCCUGCACUGAGCCCUGACCUCAAUCCCCACUGAACACCUUUGGGAUGAACUGCAGCGCCAGACCUCCUCACCCAACAUCAGUACCUGACUUUACUAAUGCUUUUGUGUCUAAAUGAUCACAAAUACUCCCCCCCCGCCAUGCUCCAAAAUCUAGUAGAAAGCCUUACCAAGAUAAAAGUGGAACAAAAUCUGAAAAUGUUGAGAAAUCACAAAUGUGUGUGGUUGAUGUACCUCAUUCUAAUAUUCAGGGUGAUUGUUGUACCUUGAUGUACUAAAUACAUCAUAUUGCUAUUUUAGCAAUGCACCCCAUCAUUUUUGUACAAAGUUAGUUAGGUUAGCAGACUGAUGUGUUAGACAUGCUAGAUUGAGAUGAAGCUGUUUGAUGCUAUCAGUGUCGUUUGGCCUGUUGGCUUAGCUUUCUGUAUUUAUUUAAUUGUUUGCCUAAAAGGUUUAUGUUCACUUAUAUUAGAAAUCAGUACAGGCUUUGUAUAGCUUUGUUGAAUUUUGUUAAUUUUCAUUAUAAAGAAUGCUUCAAAUAUUGCAUGUGAGAAAACCGACACCAUACUCCUACGGGAGGGGUGAGAUCACUUGACUGUUGCCUUGUUAAAGUAAAGCUAGAUUCAUCAUUCAGUAACUACAUGCUUUUUGGUCAUUGACCUCUGGCAAAAAGAGUAUUUCAUAGUUUCCACCACAGUUGUCGAUUUAUAGCGCUGCUGCAAUAGCCCUUGAAUGUAAAUUAAAAUCCAACAGAUUUAUCAUCAGUCUGUCUACCUGUGCAUGUUUAUUUAUAGGGUUUGUUCUGUUUGGUUUUGGAAAUGAAGCUGUGACAUUUGAGCUAGAUUUACCACCUUGAAAGGGCAUACCUCAUUUUGGCUGCUGUUUUAGUGACAGCCUGUCACUAAACAGGGAGUAUGUGCAAAGUCUACAUUUCAUUCAUAGAGGUGGAGAGGCUCGCAUCCAAAAUGAAAUGCUUACACAUGGGUCAUGUUGAUCUUCCACCACCACUUAAUGGAACACUCUUCCUUGUGCAAUAUCAGCACAUGAACUCCCCCCUUCUCCCAUCACACACACACAUACACACACACACACACAUAACUUGACCCCUCCUCCUGUCUGUAUGGCAAGACACUAAACACCGCUCUCCACUCUGCUUCAGUCUAGCUAGUCACACGGUUCUCUCUGGCUGCGUGGUUUUUGUGUACAUACAGUUUUUAGUUUCACUCAGCCUCAAGGCAGUCACCAUAGCUGAAUUUCAGUCUCUCUUUUUGCAUGGAGUGGUUUCUAGAAGUCUGUCAUCAUUUGCUGUGAGAAAUUUGCAAGUCAACUGUGGCGUUCAAUCAUGCUGUGAUUCCUGAGGAAACUUGUUCUGAGGAUACAGCUGCCCCUCUUUCUCUGCAUAUUCUUGCUGUUAAGUGGAUUUGUGUCAUUUCCUGUCCAGCCAGGCGGGAGCCAAAAAAAACCCUCCACUAGCCACACUUUUUCUUUGUUCUUUUUUUACACCAGAAAUGUAAGAUGAGGAGACAAAGAAAGCGGAUGUCUCUUUCUUCACUGGACUGAGCGCUUUUCUCAGCAGAUUUUGCGCCUGACAAGGUGUAGAGAGCGGGUGGAGAUUUGAGGACACAUCUCUAAUCUAGAGCGAGUGAGAGCUCACUGGACCAUGGCGGAGCAGAAGGCACAGGCAUCACCGGGUAGUUUGACCUGGUCGCGUGUGUGCAAAGAGUGUGGGCAGUGCCAUGAGAGCCAAGAUAGUCACGUUUAUGAGUACCAGGAUGAAGUGGAUGAUGAGUUGGUGUGCCACAUAUGUCUACAGCCACUGCUUCAGCCAGUGGACACACCAUGUGGACACACGUACUGCCUGCAGUGCCUGAGCAGCUUCUUGCGUGAACAGGACUUCUGCCCCGUGGACCGGCAGCGGGUGUCAUUGCAACAGUGCCGGUCUGCCAGCCUGCUGGUGCGCAACCUGCUCGAUAAACUCACCGUGCUGUGCCCUUUCCACAACGAGUGCCAGCAGAGCAUGCAGCGCUGUGAGCUACAGCCUCAUCUACACAACAGAUGCCCUGCAUUCAGACGGCUCAGGGAAGAAGCCGAGAAGAGGAAGAGACCCUCCUGGAAUGAGUUCAAGGGAAGCAAGACAGAGGAAGAAUCAGAAACCAAAUCCAACCCAACACCCACACGUACUAAUUCUCGUGGCCCCCCAGAGCCUGGCAUGGUCAACCCUGCCUUCGAGGAGGCAGAUGAUGGAGCUCCCCUCAGGUCCAGUCUCGUUGCAGAAGCAAACAUUGUCGAGCUGCUUCGUGAGGAACCAGGGGAAGAUUUGGGUUUGCGCAUAGUUGGUGGAAAGGACACACCUUUGGGGAAUAUUGUCAUUCAAGAGAUUGUGCGUGACUCAGUGGCUGCCCAUGAUGCCAAACUCACCCCAGGGGAUCACAUUCUAGAGGCAAACGAUGUGAGCCUUGCCUCUGUCCCUCAUGCACAAGCUAUUGCUGUUCUGCGGAGGCCAUGUUCUGUUCUCAGGCUUACUGUUAUGCAAGAGAAGGGCUUCAAGCCAAGGCCCGAGCACCACAUGCAGCCUUCUUCCUCUCCUAUGGUUCAACCAUCACACAAUCCGGGCACAGUGAUCCAGGUGGCGCUGGUGAAGCGCGAGCGCUCCGAGCCCCUCGGCAUCAAGCUUAUCCGCAAAUCAGAUGAACCGGGUGUCUUCAUCCUUGACCUAUUGCCAGGAGGCCUGGCUGCCAAAGAUGGCAAACUGCGCAACAAUGACAAAGUCCUGGCCAUCAAUGGCCAUGAUUUGAGACAUGGAACACCAGAGAGCGCUGCUCAGAUCAUCCAGGCAAGUGAAGUACGAGUGAAUUUUGUGGUGAUGAGGCAGCCAGAGUCCACUGAAGAGGGAAGUGAGCUGCAGAGCAGAGGAGCCAGGAGAGGUGCCGAGACCCAGUAUUUCAGACGGCGCUCUACAUUUAUGAAGGAUCCUCCUGGUGGAUUCUCCAGUCAGGAAAAGACUGUGAGUGUGAAGAAGGAGCCACGGCAUUCACUAGGUAUCACAAUCGCUGGUGGGAGAGACGGCCGCAGUCGUCUGCCUGUGUACAUUACCAGUGUGCAGCCAGUAGGCUGCCUGCACAGAGAUGGUAUCAUCAAACCAGGUGAUGUGUUGCUGAGCAUCAAUGCCGUUGACCUGACCCAGCUGACUUAUAAUGAAGCCGUGUCUGUGCUGAAGACACAGGCAGCCCAGAACUCCGUGACGCUACGCGUCAUCCGCACCCUUGCAGAUGAGGAAGAGCAGGAUGCAGAGGCAGCAAAUCAAGAAGAAAUGGACACAACGGAAAACCCCAGAGAGGGUGAUAUCAACUGGUCCCCUCUGUGGACACACUGGCUGGGCCUACCCAGCCACAUGCACUGGUGUCGUGACAUUGUGCUGUUAAAAACCAACAACGAGAGCUGGGGCUUCAGCAUUGUGGGAGGAUACGAAGAAAGUCGAGGUCAACAGCCCUUCUUUAUAAAAACCAUAGUACCUGGAACUCCCGCCUACUUUGAUGGUCGACUCAAGUGCGGCGAUGAAAUUGUGGCCGUAAAUGGAGCUACUACAGUGGGCAUGAACAAUUCAUCCCUGAUUCCUAUGCUGAAGCUUCAGAGGAAUAAAGUCACACUCACUGUAGUAUCCUGGCCUGGCAGCCUCGUAUAACAUGAGUGUUCUUAUUGGUUCCUGAUGUGACUUUUUGAAACUCGUUUAGGAAAACCCCUUUGUGGAAGUGUGCUUACUGGAGUGAUGAUAGUUAAGUACAAUACCCUAAAGCACAGACUCUGCAAACCAUUUGUGCACCAUCAGUUUCUAAUUCCAGAUCAUCAACAAAUAUUGUAUAGUCUUACAAAACAUUUAUUUUCCUUGAGUAACUACAAUCAUUUUCACCUGCUUUUGUUUUGGGAACAUGCACCAGUGCUGUACUAUGGUCUGACUGGGUGAGUUACAGGAAUGACCACUACAAAGACACACUUUAAAUGAGCUUGGUGAUUUCUGUUACACUAGCACUAAUGGAGACACUAGGUGUGAAUGCUUUCUGAUACUCCAUAAAAUGGGACCAUACCAAAGUCUUGUUAGUAUUUUAAUCCUGUAAGUGAAUAUUGUUAGAUAUUUUUACUGUUCUUACGCAGUUUUGUGAACAUAUCUGGUCUUUCUGGUGGCUGUUGCUUGGUGAUGUCUGUUAAACUCUGUAGGUCAUGGCUAUUUAGAGUAUCCUGAUUCAUUCUGUUUAAGCAUCUUGAUUUGACUUGUAUAUGUAUAGAAACCAACUGCCUUAAUUGCUAUGAUACCAAAAAUGCCAUUUUAAUUUCAUUUGUUGUUGUUUUUUUUUUUUCUUUCAAAUCUGAAUAUAUGCUGUUUUCUGCUUUCCUUGCAGUGACAGAAAAGGGCUAUUUCCAAAAGUAUAUAUUAAAUUUCUGAUUUUCUUUGAGAUAGCUAGUAAUUUGGACUCUUUUACACACUAUUUCUCCUCAGCCACAAGUUACAUGCUUCUGAUGGAAAGCUUGUAUUAAAAUCCAGGAGAGCUUUGCCUUUCUUCCCUGUAUAUAUUCUGAAUAUUUAUGCGUAGUGACUGUUUAGAAACUAUUGCUGGCCCUUUUAAAUGUGAAGAGCAUGUUUUUGUGAAAUCACACACACAAAAAACACACCUGUUUAGGUGGUAAGUCUUAUCCUCACCACUCUUGACUGUAUGGGAAACUGAAGGACAGAGAAUGCAGAAUAUAAAAUCAGCAGGGAAUGUAUUGUACGGUAAACAUUUUUGUGUACAGUGUAUGUUCAUAGUAAAAUAUGUAUAAGUUUAGGUUACAGAAGUAGUAUAUAAUUAACACUUCCACAUAUGAUUUGUACAGUAUAAAAACAGUCCAUAGAAGAGAGUAGUACUGAUGUUACAUUUUCAGUGCAAUACAGUACCCCUGCCCUGAAUAUGACUUAGCCUGCCCUCUACAGGCUGCACAUAUUCCAGUUUAAGAGUUGAAGUUGCUCCAGUAUUCCUAACAUUCACUGAGACGAAGCAGUGGAGUUGUGUGCUGAACUGUGAGAAAGUGAAUAUGUCCUAAACUCACCUUGUUUUUCUUUAUUUAAAACACAUUUCACUGAAAUCCAGCGACUAAUCCCUGUAUACUAAACAAUUUCAUCUCCUUGGCUUUAAUGUAGGUCUUUUCACGCUUCGUCGACUCUUUGCUACACAAAUUAGUGCACCAUUUAAUUUGAAAAUUGUAAAUUAGGAAAAACACAGCCUAACAAUCUUCUAUUUACAAAUUUGUGUAAAUCAUAUAAAUAGUAUUGAAUGGAGGCUUAUAAUCAGCAUUCAUACUGGUGCUGGACCAAAUUCAACCACACCACCCUCCUUCACUGACAUUUGUA